GUUGACACUAAUGAGCAACUUACAACUGACAAUCCAGACGCUUUUUCUGACAACCAUGAAGUAAAUUUUUAGAACAUUUGAUGAAUUUGACUGUGAUAUGAAGUUAUUAUAUGUACAGGAAAAUGACUUUGAUAUUGAGUUAUUACGAAGUGAUAAAGAUGAUGGUUCAGGAGUUGAACAGAUGGAUGGAGUAGAAGAAGAAAUAACAAGUGGUCCUUUCAAAACAAUGGUGGAAUGGUUAGUUUUUGGUACUUACUGUUAUGGCAACAUCGAUUUGGAGUGUCCGAUUCUGCUAUAAACAAGCUUCUUAGAUUCAUUGUUGUGUUCUUUGGCAUGCUGAGAAUAGUUUUGCCACAAGCAAAUUUGAUAUCACAUUUGCUUCCUACCUCUGUUCAACUAGCAAGGCAGAAGUUUCACAGUGACAAGUUUAUUAAAUACACUGUGUGUCCACGAUGUCAUUCGUUAUAUGACUUGGAAGAGUGCUUUAUCACUAUUGGUAACAGAAGAGUUCCUCGGCAAUGCACUUUUGUGGCAUAUCCCAAUCAUCCACAGCAAUACCAUAGACGGCCUUGUUCUGCUGAAUUGCUUGAUACCAUCAUUCUGAAAGACCGUACAAAACGCUUUGUUCCAAAGAAAAUCUAUGCAUAUAACAGCAUCUCUAAUACUCUAAAGAAAUAUCUCUUGAGGCCUCAGUUUGAAGAACUCUGUGAAAGCUGGCGUCAUCGAAAUGUUCCACAAGGGUACUAUGCAGAUUUGUACGAUGGGAGAGUUUGGUCACAGUUUCAGGUAGUUGAUGGACAUCCUUUUCUUUCCACACCUAGAAAUUAUGCUUUCAUGAUGAAUGUAGACUGGUUUCGACCAUACAAGCACACUCCAUCAACUAUUGGUGCAAUCUACUUGUCUCUGAUGAAUCUUCCAAGACAAUUACGCUACAAGAAAGAUAACAUUUUUCUUGUAGGACUCAUUCCUGGUCCCAAUGAGCCUUCUCUCACAAUUAACACCUACUUGAAGCCAUUGGUUGAUGAACUGAAACUAUUGUGGGAAACUGGUAUUUGCUGCAGAUCAUUCUCAUCUCCAUGGUUCUCCAAUAGAUACUAUUGUGGUUUACUUUGUGUGGCAUGUGAUAUUCCUGCUUCCCGGAAAGUAGGAGGAUUUCUAAGCCAUUCAGCUAGAUUGGGAUGCAACAAGUGCUUGCAAAAUUUUUCUACCUUGGGAUCAUCUGCUCCAGAUACAUAUUCUCAUGGCACCUGUCCACUUCGAACUGAUGAUGAACAUCGACAAUAA